AUGGGAGAUCAAUAUGACAAAGGACAAUAUCCAGGUGGAUAUCCACAAGGACCAUAUUCCCAGCCACAAUAUCCUCCUCAAGGUUAUCCACCUUCUCAAAACUCUAGUUAUUACGGAAAUAAUGGAAAUUAUAAUCCACAGCCACCAAUGCAACAAGGCUAUUAUCCUACACCACAACCUCAAACUGUAAUAGUCCAACAAGUACCCGAAAAAAACGAUAAUAAAGGAUUAUGUUUAGGAUUGUAA